GACUGGGGCAGGAGGCCGGGGGAGCCGAGACUGAGCCGAGCGGGCGAGACCGGGGCGGGGCACUGUGAGGCGGAAGCGGAGCCAGCUGGAGGAGGGGCCUGCGCCCCGCCAGGUGGCUGUGGCACGGUGGGCCCUGGCAGGGCCUCGGCGGAGCCAAAUCGAGGGGACCUAAGCGGUGACGCACGGAGCCAAAGGAGCAGCCCGUAUGGGCGGGGCAGGUGGAGGCGGAGUCAACGGGAGACGGAGCCUGCGACAGGUCGGGGCUGUGACGCUCAGGGUGCAGGGGCAGGAGGGGCAGAAGCGGAACCAGAGCAGAGACCGAGUCUGCGUCCGGUCGGUGUUAUGACGCAUUGAGCGGGGGCGGGGACUGCGGACCAGGGGGUGAGUGGCGAGACGCGACGGCUGCAGUGCGUCCGCCGCACCGCUAGGGGACAGCGCGGGCGGUCCGAGGAGUCCGAGCCAGAGACAGCGAGAUACCCAUCCGUGCGGAGUGAGGACACGGAGCAACCCGGAGCCCGGCUUCAACAUGUCAGUACCGCCUCCUCCCUACGCGUGGCUUGUUCGUCCUCGGUGUCCCCCCUGCUCCCCGUCCGCUCCGUGCGUGCAGUCCUCAAGUGGCUGUGCAGCCCCGCACGCCCGCCCUGCGUCUUUCGUUCCCUCUCAGAGCUUGCUGAACCACACUCACCCAGAGUCAAGCUCUCGAAGCCCCUACCGCCCAAAACUCCACGGUUUGUCACCUACUAGGAGGGAGGGGGAAACCGAGGCACCAGAGAGACUGCUGCCCCUCUCCGAGGACCCAGGAGCCCCGCCCAGAGUGGGUGGAGUCGGCACUGACAGGGUUAAGCACGCAGGGACGUCUGGGGCUCCAGGCCCGGGGGCGGAUCCUGGGUCUUCCUCCCUCCCGGUGCGAGGUUGUGGGCGCGGUUGCUGCGGAGGUGGCUGAUGCAGGUGAGGGGCUUAUAGCCCUCUGAGUGGGAUGUGGUGUGAGGGGAGGAGGCUACCUGUUAGUAACCAGUGUGUAAUUGGCGUCAAGCUUCGGGGGCCUUCCUGAGGAGGUGGGGAAGGGGAGCCAGAAGUCCCCUCUGGAGCAGGUUUCUGUCCCUGGGGCAUGACCAUGCAGCUAAGCUCAGCCCUGGUGCUAGGGGUAGUUCUGUGUCUGGGAUGUGGCCAGCCCCUGCUGCAGGCCCCUGAAUGCCCCUUCUCAGUACUGUGGAACGUACCCUCAGCACACUGUAAGGCCCGCUUCGGCGUGCACCUUCCACUAGAGGCCCUGGGCAUCACCGCCAACCAUGGCCAGCGUUUCCAUGGCCAGAAGAUCACCAUCUUCUACAAGAACCAGCUUGGCCUCUAUCCCUACCUUGGGCCCAGGGGCACAGCUCACAAUGGGGGCAUCCCCCAGGCUGUGCCCCUUGACCGCCAUCUGGCACAGGCUGCCUACCAGAUCCACCACAGCCUGAGACCUGGCUUCACUGGCCUGGCAGUGCUGGACUGGGAGGAAUGGAGUCCACUCUGGGCUGGGAACUGGGGCCGCCGCCGAGCCUAUCAGACAGCCUCUUGGGCUUGGGCACAGCGGGUAUUCCCCUACCUGGACCCCCAGGAGCAGCUCCACAAGGCCCAAACUGGCUUUGAACAGGCAGCCCGUGCACUGAUGGAGGAAACGCUGCGGCUCGGUCAGGCACUGCAGCCCUAUGGGCUCUGGGGCUUCUAUCGCUUCCCAGCUUGUGGCAAUGGCUGGCGUGGUAUGGCUUCCAAUUACACAGGCCACUGCCAUGCAGCCACCCUUGCCCGCAACACCCAACUGCAUUGGCUCUGGGCUGCCUCCAGCGCCCUCUUCCCCAGCAUCUACCUCCCACCCAGGCUGCCACCUGCUCACCACCAGGCAUUUGUCCGAUACCGCCUAGAGGAAGCCUUCCGUGUGGCUCUCACUGGGCACAUACAUCCCCUGCCUGUCUUGGCCUAUGCCCGCCUCACACACCGGAGCUCUGGGAGGUUCUUGUCCCAGGAUGACCUCGUGCAGACCAUUGGUGUGAGUGCAGCACUGGGGGCAGCCGGCGUGGUGCUCUGGGGGGAUCUGAGCUUCUCCAGCUCUGAGGAGGAGUGCUGGCGUCUUCAUGACUACCUGGUGGGCACCCUGGGCCCCUAUGUGAUCAACGUGACCAGGGCAGCCACGGCCUGCAGUCAGCAGCGGUGCCAUGGCCAUGGGCGCUGCGCCCGGCGAGACCCAGGACAGAUGGAAGCCUUUCUGCACCUGCAGCCAGAUGGCAGCCCUGGAGCUUGGGAGUUCUUCAGCUGCCGCUGUUACCAGGGCUGGGCUGGCCCUACUUGCCAGGAUCCCAGGCCUGAAGAAGCAACAUAAAGCCAGGAGUCAUCUGCCCCUGACCUUCUUGUCCCUGUCCCACUCUUGUUCUAUUUAGCUUACAGUCAUUCUUCCAAUACACACACCCCACUUCCCAUGGGAUCCCUGCGGAUUGGAAGGGGCCAGAAAAAUAACAUACCAUUUUAAAACCAGAAGCCCCCUGAGAUCACCUGAUCCCUCCUGACAAGGAAGCAGCCUUAGGGAGAGUCAGGGUUCCAGAUGGUUAGCAUUGCUAGCCCAGGACUCUGUUCCUACAUCUCACUGGGUCCAUGGAGAGGUUACAGGAGACCUGUCCAGGGGCAGGUGGGCCCCAAGAAGAUCUUGGAUGAAGUCUGUUAAGUGCUAAGUUGUCUGUACUCUGCUUUCAUCAUAAAGUCUUUUUCUUUCACUGCC